AUGACGGACACCAAACAGACAGAUCGGCAGCGGCAUAAGCGGCAAGGAUCGGACGACAGCGCAGCCAAGUCAAGCGAAGAAUCGUUCGCAGCGUCCAGCCCAGCCAGUGGCGAUAAGCGGAAAAAGGCGCAAUGGCGGUCGCUCUUCGUCUUCACGACUCGAAGCCACAUCCCCGUGCUCAGUGUUGGCGUCAUAACAUCCAUAGCGGCCGGCGCAACUGGUCCUGCACAGACCAAAGUCAUCGGAUGGUUGUAUCAAGGCUUCACGGAUUAUGCCCAAGGGACGAUUGACGGCGAUGAAUUCAUGCGAAAGGAGCUGAAGUAUGUUCUAUACCUGACACUCAUCGGCAUCGUCAGCUGCAUUCUUCACAGCGUCGACUUUGCGGCAUGGCUGGCCUUCGGAGAAUUGCAGGCGAAGAGCGCGCGCGAUCGACUGUUCCACGGCUUGCUCGACAAGGAGAUCGAAUGGUAUGACAUGCGCAAGAAUGGCAUCGGAGCCAUGCUGCCUCGUCUGCAGGCGCAAAUCCGAGAGCUCCAACUCGCGGUGGCCCAGCCAAUGUCUUCGCUAUUCACACUGAGCGCGACUGCAAUUCUAUCACUUAUCCAGGCUUUUGUCGUUUCCUGGGACCUCACGCUGGUCACACUUGCGACCGUUCCUCUGAUCUUAGGCCUGGUCAUUUGGUGCUCGCACGGCAUGGAGAAGAACAUCUCCAAACAAGAAGAGUGCCUCACCGAGGCGCAGAAAUACACGACCAGCGCAUUUGCGUCCAUCGAGACCGUCAAAUGCUUCAACGGCCAAGAGAUUGAGGCCGAGAAAUACAGCGCUAGGGUGCAACAGGCCGCGCAAUGGUACGCAUGGGUGGCGCAUGCCAGUGCUCUCCAGAUGUCUCUCGUGGUAUUGCUCUCGGUGUCAAUGUUCGUGCAAGGCUUCUACUAUGGUGGAGUCCUCGUUCGCAAGGGAACACUGAACUCCGGCGAUGUCAUCACCACCUUCUUCUCUGCCGUCGGCGCCUUCCAGGCGAUUCAAGGCAUCAUCCCUCAGAUGAUUGUCUUUGAAAAAGGUCGCGCAGCCGGCUCAACUUUGCGGACCAUCAUGGCUCAAGUCCUCAAGGACCCUAGCACGAAAAGCUCCAAUGGCCAACUUUGUCCUGAGACUUGCAUUGGCGAUAUCGAUGUCAAAGACCUGACGUUUGCCUAUCCGACCCGACCAGAUCUGCCCGCGCUGAGAAAUGUGACUAUGUUCCUCAAGGGUGGCGAUUUUACGUUCCUCAUCGGGAGAAGCGGCUCCGGCAAGAGCACUAUUGGACAGCUAUUAAUGCGCUUCUACACUGCGCCUCAUGGCCAGAUCUCUAUCGACGGCCGGUCGUUGGAUUCGCUCGACACGAAUUGGGUGCGGUCUAACAUUACGCUCGUCGAGCAAACGAGUCUGCUUUUCAACGAUUCGGUCUAUCGAAACAUCGCCUUCGGAGCGAUAGACUACACGAACAAGACCAGAGCAGAAGUCAUGGAAGCUGCAGAGUUUGCACUUCUUCAGCUGAUGAUCACCGAUCUACCUCAAGGACUUGACACUCCAGUGGGAUUCAAAGGUGGGUCAAUGUCUGGCGGGCAGCGUCAGCGCAUGGCCCUGGCGAGGGCGAGGUUGCGAGACACACCAAUCCUAAUACUCGAUGAAUCUACGAGCGCUCUGGAUCACAUCAGCCGGACGCUGAUGAUGGAGGCCAUUCGAUUGUGGCGAAAGGGUAAGACCACGAUUGUCAUCACUCACGACAUCGGGCAAAUUCUGCCAGAUGACUACAUGUAUCUUCUCGAGGACGGCGCAGUAGUGCAAGAAGGUCAUCGGAAGCACCUGGAGAAGCUGAAGUCGGGACCAUUUCAAGGCUUUCUAUCAGAGUCACAGAAGGCUCUCGUCUCACCAUUCGAAGAUGACGCCGAAGACGAAGACGAUUCUGACUCGGAAGAUGACGGUACGCGAGGCACGUCUUUAUACUCCUUUGCGAUGUUUGCGGACGAUACCCGCAUAGAUCCUUUCGAAGCUGAAUUGUACGCUGGAGAGAGCACCAAGGCAACGAACCAAGUACCUUCUGUAUUUAAGGACGGCAGUCCGCUGCUUGGUAUGCGGUCUUAUGCGAACAAUGGCGGCCCGACAUCAGCCUUUGCAUCACCUUGGCUGCGCUCCAGCACACUUGAGCCAUUGGGUCCGAGUAAGAAACCCCGACCAGCAUCUCGAAUCGGUCCGGUCAGGCCUCUUUCUGGGACCGCUGAAAGUCCGACCAGCCCUCGACGGCACACGCAGGUCUUCGAGAAGCUUGUUGCGGACACUGGUGAAUUUGCGGCGAAUGCCAGGCGAGGCUCGUUUGGUGUAGCAAGAGUACGCCGUCCGGUCGAAGCCCAGGAACAGGUCAAGCCGGCCAUCGACGACGAGGACAAUGGUUGGACACCGGAAGACGAUGAUGAGGAUGAAGGCGAGUUCUUCUCGAAGAAAGAGAAGAAGACUCUCACAAUCAUCUUCAAGACCUUGUGGCCGAGUCUCGGCUUGAAAGCGAGAGUUUACCUGGUCCUAGGAUUCUGGGGAGCCACGGUCCACGCCAUUGGCACUCCCAUCUUUGCGUUCUUCAUCUCGAAGCUGCUCGAGACGUAUAAUGCUCCUGGUGGCGACACGAAGGGCGCGCUACUGUGGUCGAUGAUGGUGGUUGUGAUUGCCUUCAUCGACGCAACACAUACCUACAUGUUUCGCUUCCUCCUCGAAGUCGUCAGUCAAGCCUGGGUCGACUCUCUCCGCGACGAUGCAUAUGCUCGGAUUCUCGACCAGAAGCGAGAGUUCUUCGAGAUGGAACAGAAUGGUGUUUCGCGUUUGACCGAGGGUUUGGAUCGCAAUGCCGAAGAGAUGCGCAAUCUUGUCGGUCGUUUCGCUGCUCUGGUUUGGGUGGCCUUUACGAUGAUUUCAGUCACGAUUAUCUGGUCUCUUGUCGUGUCGUGGAAGAUUACUCUCAUUGCGCUGGCUGUGACUCCAUACAUAUGGGGCGUCACGCAGGCCUUUGCACACGUGAGUGACAAAUGGGAGCACUUGAGCAACAAUGCUGCAGAGGUCGCUGGAGCCAUCUUCAACGAGACGUUCACCAACAUCAAGACCGUGCGGGCGUUGACCCUGGAGACACAUUUUCUGGCGAAAUACUCAAGAGCCACCAACAACGCAUUGAGGGUUGGUGUGAAGCGAUCGCUCUACACUGGUCUCUUCUAUGGACUUUCUGACUCCGCUGGUGAGUUCAGCGUUGCGCUGAUCUUCUUCGUCGGAGUGAAGUUUGUUCGUUCAGGCACAUCUGUGACUGAUGUGAUCAUGGUCUUCACGCUGCUCAUCUUCACGAUUGGCAACGUCAGCGCCGUCCUUGCAUACAUUCCACAACUGGGCUCCUCCAAGGAUACGGCCAUGCGUCUUAUGCGUCUCGCAAACCUCCCAAAAGACUCCCAUGAGCACCAGGGAGACACACGGAUUGUGACAGUCGGCGACAUCGUUUUCGACGACCUGAUCUUUGCCUAUCCGACACGACCGGAGCAGAUCGUACUCAAGAACAUCAGUUUUCGCCUCCAUCCAAGUACAACGACGGCCAUCGUUGGAGGUUCAGGUUCCGGUAAGUCGACGAUUGCAAACCUUCUCGUGGAUCUCUACAACACAUCCUCAGUCCCAGGCUGGAAAACAGGCGAUCUCACCUUCGGCGGCCGCGACAUGCGAAAUAUCUACACCCCAUCUCUCCGCUCCCUGAUUGUCACCGUCUCGCAAACACCUACCUUGUUCGCCGCCAGCGCGGCCGAGAACAUCGCAUAUGGUCUUGCAGCCGAUUCUCGCGACAACACACCGGAGAGCAUCGCGGACGCCGCCCGUCGGGCUGGUAUUCACGACUUCAUCGUAUCGCUACCUCAAGGCUACGAUACACCCAUCGGUGAAGGCGGUCUCGGGCUAUCUGGAGGUCAAGCGCAGCGAGUCUCUAUCGCUCGUGCACUCGUUCGUAAGCCAUCGGUGCUCAUUCUGGACGAAGCCACCUCCGCGUUGGAUGUUGAAUCUGCGAAUCUCGUACGACAGACAAUUCGGAACCUCGUCCAAGACCACGGCCGCGACAUGACGGUCGUGAUCAUCACGCAUCACCGCGACAUGAUGGAGAUGGCGGAGAGAAUCGUAGUGAUGAAUCAGGGCCGCAUCGUGCAAGAAGGCACGUUCGAUGAGUUGGCCGCAGUGGAAGGACCAUUGACGCAGCUGUUGAGCGGCGGAGAGUGGGCUGGUGGUAUUCCAGCGAGGACGAUCAAGACCAAGAAGGCCAAGAGGAGGAGUACACCCAUGCUGAACAAUGUGCGUUGGAGCAGGCAGCCGUCAUCGGCGAGCCGAUUCUCAUUGGCCAGACAGUCAUCGUCGGGCAGGUUGGCGAGACAUACCUUGACUUUGAGACGACUUGAUCGCAAUGAGGAGUAA